AUGGCAGUUUAUUCGUCCGUUAUGGCUGGUCGACACGAUAUCAUAUUUGAUACGGUAGGGACUAUGAGGAUAUCGCCAGAACCGUUCCCGGGAAAACGGAAAAUUCCUGCUGGUCCUCGUAGUUGUUUCACAUUCUUUAGCGCCUCUUUUGCUGCUUCUCCAGAAAUGUUGCGCUACCUUUACUUUAACACCUUCUCGGUAAUGCUAACUCUUGCAAUUUGA